CCCUCUUUUUCUGCACUCAAAUCUCGUCAAGAGCGAAGCUCACCACAAGAUUUACCCAAACCCACCGCCAACACCCCCCCCAUCAACAAAUUAACAAUGGCGUCCCGCGCUUUCUUCGACCCCCUCACUCUCCUCCGUCUCGCCCCCGCCAUCAGCAGCACCGCAUCCUUAACUCUAGCCUGGGACCAGCACUGGAUGUUGCGCAUCUUCACUCUUCCCGAACUCGAGCUCGACAGCAACCUGUAUCUGCCCAAAUGGUUCCACGCCUUCUUUCGCGCCGGCUUACCGAGCGUCCUGGCUUUUCUCUCGGUAACCAUGACGACAGCGACGCUCAAUCUCCGUUCAGAGAGUCUCUUGCUCAAGCGAAGGGGUUCGUACUACUGGUACGCGGCCGGGGCAGCGCUUGCGGCGGGACAUUUGCUUUUUGUUCCGGCUGUGGCGCCGAGGAUUCAGGCCAUUGUUGAGGAUGAGACCAAGGAGAAAUCGGUGGGAGAGUUGAGAAGGUGGUUGAGAGUCAAUGGUAUCCGUGGGUUGACUACUGAUUUGGGGGCUUGGGUGUGCUGUGUUGUUGCUGUGGUGAGGACUUUCAGUGUGUGAAAGAGCGUCCGAAGCACCGCGCAAAGGGGGGGAGGGGCGGUUGCCGUCGGCCGCAAAGGCAUUUGUGGUUGAUCGUGGUCUUUGUUUGUCGCCGAUGGCUCUUGUUCGAGGACCGAAAGUAAUCCAUUGUCAUCGACAAUUCCCUUGUCUAUGCCAUAAUUCGGAUUUUUGUCGAUAAGAGCCCUCCACAUUCGGUUUCUGCACAAAGAGAGAAGGCUUGCCUUACCUACCUACUCAUUGUUCAAGUAUCGAAACGGCUUACACUUC